AAGUUACGGAAAUUUAUAAUGUUUUAUUUUGAUUUUUUAUUUAACAAAGUUGAAAUCAUUAUUUAACGUAGUUUUUAAAAUGGAGUAUUUUGUAUGUUAGUGCAAGAAUGCUUUAGAAUUAACUUCAGUUUCAGGCUCAUUUUUAAAUUAAUUUAAUACGAUUGUAUUUCUACUUCGUUCAAGUUCAUACAAAAGGAAUUGCUUUAAACUUGUCUUCAAAUUGUGGCAAAAAUCCAUAAAUCGAGGUAUGUGUUAAUGAAUAGAUAUUUUUUAAGCAUUUCUUGAUAUCCAUUUCUCAAGAUUUUAUGAUUAUUACGUACUCCGAUAAAGUACUGCUGUAGAUAAAUAAAUUACUAUUUUCCUUCAUCGCUACUCUUUCCAUCAAUUUUAGGAAGAUGCCAUUAUUUAGCUCUGGUAAGAAAAGUCCAGUUGAACUUGUCAAAACACUUCACGAUGCAUUGAAUAUUAUGUCCAAAGAACAUACGGGAAAAAAGAAUGAAAAGGCAUUAGAAGAUGUCAAUAAAAGCCUUUCUUAUAUGAAAGCUAUGCUCUAUGGUACUUCAGAGCAAGAACCUCAAACAGAACUUGUUGCCCAAUUAUCCCAAGAAUUUUAUAAUAACAGGACGAUUGAAACUCUCUUGAAUAAUUUGUCAAAAAUGGAUUUUGAGGCAAAAAAAGAUGUUGCACAGAUCUUCAACAACAUUUUAAGACGGCAAAUUGGAGUUCGUUCACCCACUGUUGAAUACAUACAUUCCAAUGUAAACAUUCUUUGUAUUUUAGUAAAAGGUUACGAGAAUGCUGACAUAGCUUUAAAUUGUGGUGUUAUGUUGCGUGAAUGUAUCAGACAUGAGCUUCUUGCUAAUGACAUUUUGAGACAAAAAUAUUUCUACAAUUUCUUUGAAUACGUUGAACUAUCGACAUUUGACAUUGCCUCUGAUGCGUUUUCGUCAUUUAAAGAAUUAUUGACUCGACAUAAAUUGAGUUGUUCUUUAUUUCUUGAGAAAGAGUACGAAAAGUUUUUUGAGCACUAUUGUAAGCUGUUAUUUUCUGAAAACUAUGUCACCAAACGACAAUCAAUUAAGUUACUUGGAGAGUUGUUAUUGGACCGACAUAAUUUCCAAGUGAUGACAAAAUAUAUCAGUAAUCAAGAAAAUCUCAAAUUAAUGAUGAACAUGCUACGAGAUAAAAGCAGGAAUAUUCAAUUUGAGGCUUUUCAUGUAUUUAAGAUAUUUGUUGCCAAUCCAAACAAAACUCAAGCGAUACGAGAUAUCCUAAUUAAGAAUAAGGAAAAACUUGUUGAGUUCCUGGAAAAUUUUCACACAGACCGAACAGAAGAUGAACAGUUUACGGAAGAAAAGACAUAUCUAAUAAAACAGAUCAAAGAACUUUAGUUACCAAGGGACAUUGCAGGAUUGCAAGGGACAUUGGGAUAAUUAUCAACAUUGCAAUAAAGAGACCAUUUACUUUAAUAAAGAGAUCAUGGGAAAUUCAGGUACAAAAGGAAACUAAUGAGUAUUUUUCAAAGAUAAAGGUUCUUUACUCCUCACAUGAGUAAACAUUCAGUCCUCUGGACUAUACUAACCUGGACUAUAUAUAAAUAUUACAUCAUAAAAGUGAGUGUUUAACAGGUUCAGAAUUUUCAUGACUUUGUCAAAAUGUCAAAUUCAAAGGAAAUAAUAAGGUUUUAUAGGUUUUAGUCGAGAUUAUUUUUUUUGCAAAAUGUGUUUGAAAGCCUGAAAACAUCAAAUGAUAGAAAUUACAAUGAUAUUAUUGAAAGGUUUACAUUCAAGAACAACUUAAAUAAUUUUAAAUUUUAAUUGAUAGUUGUUUCAAAAUUUUGUAAGAAAACACUUGUUCAUAAUGGUAUAUCUCCUUAGAUUUGACAAUUAAAGAUAUUAAUACAAGCA